AUGCAAUCUUAAUCAAAGAAUAACAUUGAAAUAUUCAACUAAAGCAAAAAAAUAUUAUUAUAAAUAGAUUCAGAAACUGGCUCAUAUCAAUACGAAUAAGAUGGGAGUUAAAUUGAUAGUGAUUAUCGAGAUGACGAUGAGUAAGAUAUCAAUGAAAUUAAUCAGUAGCAAAUUAAUGAUAUUUAAUAAGCAGUAAAUAAGCUAAAUGAGGAUAAGGAUAAUGGAAAAAUUAUCAUUAGUAAAAGACUAGCAAGAAAAAUUUAACAUGCAGGAAAUAAUUAUUUGAUAGAAAAUGCAAUUUAAGAUGAGAUUAACAUUCUAAAGUCUCAUAAAUAAUCAUUACCUUAAAAGAAUAGUUCAAGUUAAAACAGCAAUGCUGGAGAUAUGAAACAUAGUGAAUAAAAAUUCACUCUGAAUUCAAGAAAGGUUACUAGAUUCUACGAUAACAAAUAUAAUUUCGAAGAUAACCUAGAUGAGUGUCUUGUUAUGGAUUCAGAUGAUGAUAAAUAAUAAAAGGCUGUAGAAAUAGAGAGGGAAAUCAAAGAAUAAUAAAAUACAGUAGAACAUGAGAGAGUUAAAGAUGAUGUAAUUCAAGUGGGCAGCAGCCAAACAAAUUUGAGUGAAACUCCAAAGAUAAUUGAGCCUAUAGUAGAAAACAGUGAUAUCUUAAAAUUUGAAAAGGAUAUCAGUACCAAAAUGACAUAACUUUAACAUCAUCUCUCCAUAUCAAGUAUCUCAGAAUCAGAUUCAGACACUGGAUAAUUUGAGAGUUCAAAUAUAGAUAGUAAAGCGAUUAUAGUUGGAGAUUUAUCCAAGUCUUAAUCAGAUGUAGUAGCUGAUAGCGAAACUAAAGAUCUAAAAGAAUCCUCAAAGUAUUUGUCUUCACAGGCAGUUCAAGAAGACUUAAGAUGUGAGGACAUUUGA